UAACGCAUUUCUUUAUUAAAAUUAGUACGAGUACAUAUAUAAUAUUUAGAAAUACGUAGAGAAGCAGUUGGCUGCUCUAUAGCACAAAAAACCUAUCUAAAUACAUUACCAGGAGAACACACUAAAUAUAUGCACUAAGAUAUGCAGUUGCACGAAUAUAACAAUAAAUAGACCUCGUCUCAUCCCAAUAUGCAAAAAUCGAACCUAACAUGAAGAAAUCCCAAAAAGAAAAACCUAAAAAAAAAACUAAAGUCUCCCGCAUCGGAGAAAAUUUCAAGGAACCGAUAAGAAGCAAGAAAGAGGAGAAGCAAGAUACAAAGAAGCAUGAUACAAAACUGCGUAUGCCGGAAGUGACACAUCAUGCAAACUUUUUGGAAACUCCAGCUCAAAGAAUUUUUGCAGAAUUAGAUGGAAUUAGUAAGUAUCAGGAAAGAGAUAAAUUCAAGGAUAGAGGUCCAGCGAAUGAUGUGGAACGAUCGAUGACAGUAUCUGAGGAUAAAGUGGUAAAUACGUACAGGAGAGGUUUAGAUGUAAAUGACUUUGAGACAUUAUCUUUCUUUAACGCUUCUUCCUUUGCCGAUUUUUCUUUAAUGGAAGAAGUGGUAAAUAUCAUCAACGAACAAAAGAAGGAACAAAAAUUGUUAGUUCCAUACCAACCAUACGUUGCUUCACGGCAUCUCGAAUUUUGAUAUACAAAAUGAGGGUUAUUAGUCCCAAGGUCAAGAAAUUAGUGGAGGUUUUAUGAUAGCAGGAGAAGAAAUGGACGGGAAAAGAUCAAACAUCAGAUGAAGGUGGAAGAGGCGGCAAUGAAGAUUAAAUCUCUAGAAUCCGCAAUUAAGCUUCGAGAAAAAUUGAUUAAAUAUGCGGAAUCACAUGAUUUAAUACAAAAGUAUACGCAACUUAAUGUGGAUUUUGAAAAGAGAAUAGGG